AUGCAGAUAAAUGUUGCAGAAUUUGACCUGAAUAAUGUCAAAUAUCCAAAUUACAGACUCAGGGAGAAACAGAUUUAUUUUUAUGCUGGCAUGCUUAGAACACUUUCUCUCCAAAGUCUCAGCCUCCAGCACAGCAAAGCAGCGUGCUUUUUCUUUGAUGAGAUCCCAAAGUACUGGGAAAACCAGAGUGCUGAAGCCACAUUCAUUCUCUUGGGCUUUUCAGAAUACCCAAAUCUCCAGGUGCCUCUGUUCCUACUGUUCUUCACCAUCUAUAUAGUCAGCGUGGUAGGAAAUCUAGGCAUGAUCUUGGUGAUCAAGAGCAAUCCCAAACUCCACACCCCCAUGUACUAUUUCCUCAGACAUUUGUCCUUUAUUGAUUUUUGUAACUCUACAAUUGUUAUACCCAAGCUUUUAGAAAACUUAGUUGUGGAAGACAGAUCCAUCACUUUCCCAGAAUGCAUGGCUCAAUUCACCUUAUUAUGUAUGUUUGUGAUGACAGAACAGUACUUGUUGGUUGUGAUGGCCUAUGACCGGUUUGUGGCUGUUUGUAAUCCUUUGCAAUACACAACUGCAAUGUCCCAGAAGCUUUGUGCCAUGUUGGUGGCUGCAUCAUACUUUGGUGCUAUAUUUUUUUCCAUGACCUUUUGCAGUUUGCUCUUCAGAUUAUCUUUCAGAGGAAGAAAUAUCAUUAACAACUUUAUUUGUGAAUAUAAUGCCAUUGUCUCUGUUUCCUAUUCUGAUCUCUACAUAACCAACAUGGUCAUAAUUGCCUCAGGAAAUUUCAAUGAAUUAGGCUGCCUUAUCAUCAUUAUUACUUCUUAUGCUUACAUUUUUAUCACAGUCAUGAAGAUGCUUACUGCAAGGGGGAGGAUGAAAGCUUUCUCCACGUGUGCCUCUCAUCUCACUGCUAUUGUCGUCUUCUGUGGGACCCUCUUCUUUCUCUACUGUGUUCCUAACUCCAAAAAUUCAUUGCUGAUGUUCAUGGUGGGCAAUGUAUUUUAUGCAGUGGGUAUCCCCAUGCUCAAUCCAUUGAUCUACGGUCUUAGGAACAAAGUUAUGAAAGAAACAGUUAGGAAAUUCUUUCAUAUCAAAUUAUCCAGUGAUGAAAUAUAA